AUGGCAGCGACUUCUCUGAAAUCAUUGCAAAACUCAACUGGGAAUAAUAGUUCUUUCGGGAUCAGGCACUUAGCCGGGACGCCGAACAGUGAGAGUGGAGGAUUUGGAACUAUAUACACAAGAAGAGAAAAAAUAAAACUGUACAUUAUCCUUUCUCCAAGUCGAAAUAAACCCGGGAGGCGGCCGGAAGCUUUUGAUAUGGCGCAGCGAAGGGAGAACAUCAAUUUCUCAUUUCGUCUGUUGUGUUGCUCACCCCCGGCAGGAGAGAACGAGCAGCUCCGGCGAUGUAAGUCCGACGACUCGGGCUCGGAAGACAGUUCCGUCAAAAAGAAACAGCGGAGGCAGAGGACUCACUUCACCAGCCAGCAACUGCAGGAACUGGAGGCGACUUUCCAGAGGAACCGCUAUCCAGACAUGUCCACUCGGGAGGAAAUAGCGGUGUGGACAAACCUCACCGAGGCGAGGAUCAGGGUGUGGUUCAAAAACCGCAGAGCCAAGUGGAGGAAACGGGAACGCCACCAACAAGCAGAACUCUGCAAGGGGGGUUUUGGAGCGCCCUUUAAUGGGCUGGUGCAACCCUACGAGGAUGUGUACUCGGGGUAUUCGUACAACAAUUGGGCCACGAAAGGACUAGCCACCAACCCUAUCUCGGCCAAGAGCUUCUCUUUCUUCAAUUCCAUGAAUGUCAACACUCUGUCGUCGCAAGGCAUGUUUUCGACGCCCAGCUCACUCCCUUCCAUGACUAUGGUCCCUUCCGCUCUACCUGGCUCCAGUUUGAAUAAUUUGAACGGCAGCCUCGGCAGCCCUUCGCUGAACUCGGCGGUCGCUGCCACCCCCUGCCCCUACGGAACUAGCUCCAGUCCAUACGUGUACCGGGACAACUGCAACAGCAGCUUGGCCAGCCUGAGACUUCGAGCCAAGCAUCACUCUUCUACCUUCAGCUAUGGGCCCGUGCAGAACCCAGCUUCCAACCUCAGCCCCUGUCAAUAUGCGGUGGAUCGACCAGUAUAA